AUGGAUCGUCUGAAGUUAGUUCUGCAGUACUUCCAGUCCAACUCAGAGUCCAUCUCUAAUGGAAUCUGCAUCAUCCUGGCUCUGGUUAGUGUCAAGCUCUACACCAGCUUUGACUUUAACUGCCCGUGCCUUCCUCAGUACAACAAACUGUACUCUCUGGGAGUUAUGAUAGUCCCACCCAUCGUUCUGUUCUUCUUGGGGGUCCUUGUCAAUCGACAUACAGGUGUCAUGAUGGAUGAGUGGAUGAGACCAGUUGGGAAUCGAUCCAAAAAUCCUGCAGUGGUUAAGUACCUUUUUUCUGCCAUGAUUCAGAGGGCCCUGCUUGCUCCUAUGGUGUGGAUUCUGGUCACUUUGUUGGACGGCAAAAUUUUCAUCUGUGCUUUCAGUGUGAGUGUAGACCCUGGUCUUUUCUCAGGUGUACCUAACAACACAGGUCUGGAUGUCAUUAAAAUCCUGGCUAAGGUGCCCUGCAAAGAGGACAUUAUUUUCAGGAACAGCUCUUUCCGUAAAGCCGUUUCCCGAUAUGUCCGCUGUUAUUCACAGGCAGUUGGCUGGUCCAUCCUUUUGUUUCUGAUUGUCCUGGGAGCAAUGGGACGCCUUAUCAAGCCCUGCUUUGAUGACCACGCCACCUUCUUGCAGACACGAUACUGGAGUAAUUAUCUUGAUGUGGAGCAGAAGCUUUUUGAUGAAACCUGUGUUCUGCAUGCACGUGACUUUGCUCGGAAAUGUGUGGUGCAGUUCUUUGAGGACAAGGCAGAAGGUUCUAUACUUCAUCUUCCACAUCCACCCUUCAUUAGCAACGUCAGUCAGAGAUGGGAGGAUGAGGAAGAGAAACUUCAUGGGAUAACAAAGCAGGAGCAGAUGAACAAGCUGCUUAACAACUGGUACUACAGUAAACCUGAACUGGAUGUGACCAGGAUUGCACACAGACCUAGGCCAUGUGUAACCUGGGAGGACCCAGGAAGGAGGACCUUAUACUCAGAUGUUUAAAACGGACUGUGCAGUGUUUGGUGGCUGCAUGUCUAAAACAAUCAACUAUUUUACAGACUAUUGUGAUGUUGCAAUUUCCCCAUUGAAGUAGUGCACCCAGCCAGAAGCGUCUACCUGAAAAGCCUGAAUUCUAAGUAGAAUUUCAAUUAAUCAGUUCUCAUCAAUCCUGAUUUACAAAUCUAAUAUGGCUAUGAUUAGCCAUAUGAUUAUGAUUAUCAUAGCAUGGUGAUAACCAUGAUUUCAUUGCACUGUUGAUGGUUUGUAUCGUACACAUAGACUAUACUGUAUC